CGAUCCAGCACUCGCCAUUGUUCCUCGACACCAUGGCCCAAGACGGAGAAAGCAAGUGCUUCCCGUUAUGCAUGAUCGUAAUAGCGAUAGGCCUCAUGGCAGGUUUUUUGUAUUUUCUUGUGUGGGAAAACAAUAGGCUAGGUGACACCCAGUACACGGUGACAAUCACCAGCGUCGACGGCCUGGACCCGGCGCUGGAUCUCCAUAGCGACCGGCGGGCGCUCAGUCCGGUGUUCGGCAUCAACGUGCACAUCGAUAACACCCACAACCAGAUCGUCGAGAAGUGUGUCGGUGGCGUCGGCUCCUCGGCGAUCGUGUCAUACGGGGAUGCGCUGCUCGCCAAGGGCACCGCGCCGUGGUUCUGCGUGCAGACAACGAAGGUGGGAGAGGCUGCUACCAAGGCGUGGGGCUUGAACGUGCAGCUGCCCCACUUCCUGCGGGACCGGCUGGCCGGCGAGCUGGAGAGGGGCCAGGCGGUGGUGGACGUGGCGGUGCGGACUCCCGCGGGUGCUGGCUGUUACAUAAACAGAUGCCUGGACACGGUGCUUGUCUGCAAGGCCAAGAUCGGAGGAGGUCCAUCCCCGUGUUUUCGUGCCACGACUGUCAGCGGCACGACAUGAAACAGAUAGUUAAUCAGUGUCUUGGUUUUCAUUUUAUUUUUAUUUAGGAGGAUAGCGUGGAGCCUCGAUGUGAAUCUUUGUUUUCAGUCAAAAGGUACAUAUGUCUUAUAGUGGUAUCUGAAUUUUGUAUUUCCAGCCCAAGAACGGUGUUUUAUAGUGGAUCUGAAUGUAUAUUUUCUACUACCGAGUACUGUGCUCCAUAUAUAGUGGA